GAUGAGCAUGAGUUCAGUUAUGAAGAAGAUAGUGAUAUUGGGCCUGCACGCUGGGGAGAAAUACGUCCAGAAUGGAGUAACUGUGGUUCUGGAAAUAUGCAAUCUCCAAUUGAUUUGAGCAAUCAAAGGGUUAACAUAGUGUCCCAUUUGGGCCUACUCGAUAGGACUUAUUUGCCCUCAAAUGCCACUCUUAUCAAUCGAGGUCACGAUAUGAUGCUAAGAUGGGGUUAUGAAGCUGGGCACAUUGAGAUCAAUGGAAUUGUGUAUCAACUUCAGCAGUGCCAUUGGCAUUCUCCUUCUGAGCACACUAUUAAUGGCAGGAGGUUUGAUAUGGAGAUCCAUCUAGUUCAUCGGAGCAUUGAUAAUCAGACUGCCGUAAUUGGAGUCAUGUACAAAAUCGGACGUCCCAACUCUUUCUUGACCAUGAUGAAACAUCACUUAAAUGCCCUUGUUGAGACAAGAGAUGUAGAGAGAGCUGUUGGAAUUAUUGAUCCUGAGCACAUAAAAUUUGGCAGUAGAAAAUAUUAUCGGUACGUUGGUUCACUUACAACUCCGCCCUGCAACGAAAAUGUUCUUUGGACAAUUGUGAGAAAGGUGAGGACUGUAAGCCGGGAACAAGUCGAAUUGAUUCGCAACGCUGUCCAUGAUGAUUCUGAAACAAAUGCUAGACCAAUUCAACCGAUGAAUGAUCGUACAUUGGAACUUUACAGGCCAAGUGAUCAUCAAAACUGA